GGACAUAUAUAGCACAUUAAUUAGCACCUUGCCAAACCUCAAAGAGAGCUUUGAAGCGCCAUAGCUAGACUGUUCAAGAUCGAAAUGGCGGCCAGUGGCGAGGUGACGACGACGAACAAGAAGGUGGUGCUGAGGAGGUACGUGACGGGCUACCCGACAGCGGAGAACAUGGAGGUCGUCGCCACCCCCGGCAUCCCGCUGCGGGCGCCGAGGGGGUUGACGGCCGCCGUGGUGGUCAAGAACAUCUACCUGUCCUGCGAUCCGUGGAUGCGCGGCCGCAUGACCAGGCACGACGACGGCGACGCCGUGCCGGCCGACGACUUCGUGCUCGGAGAGGCCUUGGUGAACUACACGGUGGGCGAGGUGGUCGAUUCGACGCAUCCGGAGUUCAGCGCCGGCGAUCUCGUCUGGGGGAUGAGCGCGUGGGAGGAGUACACUCUCGUCACCAAAACGGAGGGCCCGUUCAAGAUCAACCACCCCGAGCUGCCACUCUCCUACUACACAGGUGUUCUUGGCAUGACAGGGCUCACUGCCUAUGCUGGACUUUUCGAGGUUGGUAAGCCGAAGGGAGGCGAAUCUGUCUUUGUGUCGGCAGCAGCAGGCGCCGUCGGCCAGGUCGUCGGACAGCUCGCGAAGAUCGCAGGAUGCUAUGUGGUGGGAAGUGCCGGCUCCGACGAGAAGGUCAAUCUCUUGAAGAACGAGAUGGGUUUUGACGAUGCAUUCAACUAUAAGGAGGAGAAAGACCUCGAUGCCGCGCUCAGACGGUGCCUCCCUGGUGGCAUCGACAUAUACUUCGACAAUGUCGGCGGUACGACAUUGGACGCGGCGCUACUACAUAUGAAGCUGGGUGGUAGGGUGGUCAUAUGCGGAAUGAUCUCUCAAUACAAUAUACCAGAGCAUGAAGGCGUGCAUAACUUGUUCUGCCUCAUCCCGAAGCGCAUCCGGAUGGAAGGGUUCACUGUCAUGGAUUACUUCCACUUGUAUGCGAGGUUUGAGAAAGAGAUGGCAGGCUUCAUAAAGGAAGGGAACAUGUCCGUCAUUGAGGAUGUCGCCCAAGGGAUUGAGAAGGCGCCGGAUGCUCUGAUAGGGUUGUUCUCUGGGAGAAAUGUUGGCAAACAGCUUGUUGCUAUUGCAUGAGUGCGAGUCAGAAUAAUUGUGACUUAAUUUUAUCUUGUUGAAUAAGAUCCAAUGUCCUUUGAGUGUAA